UUCUCGGCUUUCCUCCAUUUUUUCUGUCACCAAAACCCCUAAUUUCUCCAUUCACUGAAUUUUCCACUUGUUUUUUUUGUCUUCAUCCGUUUUUCUGUUUCACGAAAUUCAAUUCGCAAUACAGACUAUUGGAAUCGGCGAGGACGAUAUCGAUUCGAGGCCAUGUUGCGCCAGAGAUCCAGGAAAGGCCCGUUGCCUCCGGCUCAGGAGCAUAUUGAUAAAUUAGAGAAAACUGUGAAUGAUGGUGAUUACUAUGGAGCUCAACAGAUGUACAAGUCAAUUAGUUCAAGAUAUGCAUCUGCUGAAAGGUACUAUGAGGCCUUGGAUAUCCUUGAGUCAGGUGCUUGCAUCCAGUUGGAAAAAGGACAGGUCACUUGUGGGGCAGAGCUUGCUAUAUUAUUUGUAGAGACACUAGUUAAAGGGAAAUUUCCAUAUGAUGACAACACUCUUGAUCGUGUCAGGAAAAUCUACAAAAAUUUUCCUCAAAUUUCUGUGCCGCAACAAUUGGAGGAUGAUGAUGACAUGCAAAAACUUUCUGAAGCCCUUGGAGCUGCAAAAACACGUGUAGAAGUCUGUUCAUCAUUCUUGAAAGCUGCUAUGAAGUGGUCUGCAGAAUUUGGAUUUCAUAGGCAGGGCUCUCCUGAAAUUCAUGAUAUGCUAGCAGAAUAUUUAUAUUCUGAAUCCCCUGAGUUGGAUAUGAGUAGGAUAUCGUUACAUUUUGUUCGAGGAAACAACCCAGAGAAGUUUGCUUCUACUCUAGUAAAUUUUAUGGGCAAGUGCUAUCCAGGUGAAGAUGAUUUGGCCAUUGCACGAGCUGUCUUAAUGUAUUUAUCUCUAGGUAAUCUGAGAGAUGCCAACUAUCUCAUGGAUGAGGUAAAGAAGCAAGUGGAAUCUAAAGAGCUUGAAUAUCCGGAAUCUGAUCUGACCGAGUUCAUUGAUUAUCUUUUGUUGACGGAGGUAGAAAUUCACCCAGAAAAGACGUAUUUUUUGCUCUCCUCUUUGCUAAAAUAUCUGCCAUGGGAUGAGCUGAACAAGGAAUCCAACAAAAGAAGCACACCAUGUCUGAAGCAAAAUAGAAAUUUAGGCCAAACGCUCCAUCAAAUUUCCAUGAGCAUUGUUCUUUCUUAUUCACCCAAAAUAGGACUACUGUUGAAUCUCCCUCAACUAGAAGGUUGGAAAGACCUUCAGGUUUGGCCAACUUCAGGCCUUCUAACAAGGCUAGAAUCUUGGCGGCCUCAAUUGCUAGAUCCACUCCAACAUGUUUAGAGAAUGCUAUUAUUAGUGUACCAUGAUGAUCCAUGAGCAGUCACUCAAUUACUAGCUGUUCUGGAUUUCCUAAUGAACAUCUAUCAAAAUUCAACUUGAUGCAACCCACUAGAGGAGGAGUGCAUCUGGAGAGAGUCUUCUCUGCCAAUCUAGUAGAUUAGCAUACUAGGUUCCAACCUAGCAAUAUAUUACUCAAAGGGUUGAUCCCAGAUGAUGCCCACAUUGACGCCUAAAGGGAACAGGAGAAAUAGGUUGAAUCUCUUCUGAGGAGAUAAGAUGUAUGCCACAACUACAAGCGGGGGGAAAUUGACAUGGGUGCUGGGUUUUCAUCAUCCAUUCUGGAGUUUUCUGAUACCUGUAUCAUGUGACAAAAGUUUUGAAGGUGAAUCCUCAAGGAUUAACCAUUUUAAAUCUCUUAAAAAGAAAAAAAAAAUGAAGAAACAUCAUGCACUCAAACCUGUUUUCUUUUAUUCAAUGCUUGAAUCUCAUUGUUGCUUCUGCCUCCAAGUCUUCUUGCUCCUAAUGCCACCUUUAGUCCCCCAAAUUGGCUAAACUGGUAUCUUCCAAUAAUGCGACAAAAAUUUGUUAUCUCUACAUUGAAUAAUUUGUUCCAUACACUUAACUCUUUUAUCCUGCUAAGGCAUGUUUUCAGAAAGCUAGA